AUGCAGCAAGACGGAUAUACAGACCCCGGAACGUACGAUGACGGGGACGGCCAGUCGAACACAGAUGAUGGAAACACCACGGAUUUACACAUAGACGACUGCAAUGAUCACAGCUUGGAGACGGACCAAGACAAUUGCAUCAACUCCGAAUUCGACGAGAAUGAUGCUACCGAUAGCCAUGCAUCGACCGACGAAGAUGUCGAACUACCAGAAGAGUGGCGGCCUCGAUUGAGUCAGUGGGCAUCAAUGGACUGCGAGAAAGACUGGACACGCGAAUCCAAGAGAAUGGGGGAUGUGUACCAAUAUGGCGAGUUCAACAUUGCGGCAACAGGUUACGAUCACGGGGCCCAGAGUCUUUUCAACACGAGAGAUGCAGUUCCUUCUCAACAAUUUCCGGUCUAUGUAGACUUCCACUCGCGCCGAAAAGACGCUGAACACUUCGAAGGCUACUACAUCAAAGUUAACGAACGUGGCUUUUAUGAAGCUGUUAUCGACGGACCCUUGAACUCCCGGGGCUGGGUAGCCCAAGAGUGGGCUCUUUCGCCGGCCGUUGUUCAUUAUACCCCAAAGGAGACCUGGUGGGACUGUAGCGAUAUCAUCGCCUGUGAGACCUUCUUGAGUGGUUCCGAGAACUGGGACCCUUCGGAAAUCUAUAAGCACAGGCGAAUUCGGGCGCUCAGUGACGACAACAAGGAGCCAAUCUACAGAUUUUGGAGGCAAUUCGUUGAGCUCUAUGUCCGCACGAAGACAACCUUUGAAAAAGACCGCUUUCCUGCCGCUGCCGGUAUAGCACGCAUUCUGGGUAACAUGCUCCACGAAGGCUUCAUUGCUGGAAUUUGGGAGGGCGAUAUCGUCCGAUCGCUUGUUUGGGAAUGUCUUGACAAUGUAAGCAUACCUUCUGCGCCCCUGGCGCCAUCGUUGUCCCGGGCAUCUGUAUGCGGCCGUAUUGGUAAUUGGGGAUUUGAACCCAACUCAUCAGCACAGCAAUUAAGCUGCAUCAGUAUUGAAGUACUGUCUGAUAUCGAUGGGUUCACGUCAGAUCUCGAAGCAGCUUCCUUGGAAAAGUCCAGCGUGAGGGCUCUCGCAGUCCGAGGACCAUUGAGGACAUUGCCACAAGACCUUUCAGUCCCGGUUGGGGCGGGAACAAAUGGGUUGAAUUAUGUGCAUGUGGCUGAGGAUAGGGAUCACAUUAUUCCAGGCUUUCAAGACGGAAGUAUCCCGGACGAGCAAGCAUGGCACUUGAAAGGCUCUACACAUCUUCUUCCCCUUGCAAAAGACGACGAAUCCGUGUUUGGCCUUUUGCUACAGCACGUGCCAGAGGCCCAAGAUCCCAACACAUUUCAUCGAUCGGGAAAGGUUCAUUUCUACUUCAAUACUAUCAAGGUGGCGGAAGAAUAUUUGGGUAUUUCGCAGAAGGAUGGGAAAUACCAGCCCAGCUGGAGAUUUCGAGAAUGUGGUGUUCAGGAUGUAAUUCUAAUUUAG